GCUGCGGCGCUGUGUGCGGAUCCACAGGUGUAAACUUGUAGGUGCGCUGCAGCCGAGCGCACAAAGUCUGUUAACAGGUGUCCACAAAUCUAAACACGAAACAGACAAAGUGGUGGAUGUAACGCUAGAAUGAGAGAAGGAUAGUGAUAAGUAGAAGAGGAUAAAAACUCAGCGGGAGGAGAUUAAAAGUUUGCAUCCAUGUGACAUCUUUUAAGUGCUCAGGAGGACAACCAUGAAGAGGACCAAGCAGAUUGACAUCAAGCGUGCCUUAGCGCUCGCCGGCACCUUCAGUUUCCUGAGCUCCUGUGCUAAAUCCUGCCUGCUCCCCUUCCUCACCCUCUACUUCAGACAGCUUGGCCUGUCCCCUGCCAUGACAGGCAUCGUCAUGGGUACCAAGUACUUCAUAACGCUGCUGUGGAGACCUGUAGCCAGUAUGCUUGCCAAGCACUACAACAAGAGGCGCAUGGUGAUAAACUGCUCUCUGGUGUUUUCCGCUGCGGCCGCCUUGCUGCUGUUGCUCGUUCCAUCCACAGAUGUGUCCGGUGCAGAGACUGGGACCUGUAACACUUCCCAUCGAAAUGCUGCUCAUGUGAUAGCAAAUCUAUCUUCUUUUAAUAACACUGAUACAGGAAAUUCAUCAGAUGUGACCAUCAGCAUUCUUAGAAAACCGAAGAACGGAUCUAUUGUUUAUUCCACCAUCAGCUCUGUCGUAACCCCAGUGAGACAUAAGAGGUCUGAGUUCAUGUCACAGCAGCCUGAGGGAAAUAAAAGAGGUAGUUUUGGUUUUCUAGGCAGCCUGAAGGAGAUGGACAUUCACAACCAGCUCUUUCUCAUGAUACUCUUCAUCGUCUCAGUGUGGGAGUUUGUGUCAGCCCCUCUGGAGUGGACAGUAGAUGACGGCCUGUAUGAGUAUUUAGAUUUUGCAGACGCCUCAGACCGUUACAGCAGCUCUGAGGUGUGGGGUUCACUCGGAGCGGCGUGUGGUGUCGGGGGGACUGGCGUGCUCGUCAGCCAGUUGAGUUGUCUCAUCGCUGGUCAUACAAACCGGAGAGCUGUGCAUUUCUACUGCUAUGCCGUCCUGGCAGCUCUCACCCUGCCUGUGGCUGCCUACCUCCCUCUUUAUCUGAACAAAAAGCGAGACAGAGCCAACGGGCUCCUGAAAGCUGCUCAGCUGGUUUAUGGCUCCCCUCGUGCUCUGCUCUGCACUUUCACUAUCCUUCUUGUUGGGAUACUGACUUCAGCUGUAGACAACUUCCUCCUUUGGCAGAUGCAGGAUCAUGGAAGCAGUGAGCUGCACAUGGGGCUGACUUUAUCCCUCUCUCUGCUUUCUCAGACUGCCUUCCCCCUCCUGGCUGGCCGCGUUUCUAAACUCCUCAGCCCAGGGAGGGUGCUCGUAGUUGGUGCGGCAAGUCUCGGGUUGCAGUGCUUUUACUACUCCUUCCUCUGGGGAGCCUGGGCUGCCCUCCCUGCACAGGUGCUCAGCUGUUUCAGUGGUGGAGCGCUAUGGUGGGCUGUGACCAUCCAGUGCGAGGAUGUUGCAACUCCAGGGGCCGAAAGGAGCGUGAGGAGGGUGUACAACUCUCUGUGUCUGCAGCUGGGAAGUGGACUGGGUAGUUUUGUAGGAGGGUUUGUGGUGCAGAGGUUUGGGCUGGUGUGGCUGUACAGAGGGGGGGCCAUAGGCCUGAUGGCAUGGUGCAUGUGCCUGCCUCUGCUCCAGUGGAAAGCCCCCCACCAGAGGAGAAUUAACUAUUCCCGCCUUUUGGCAGCUGAUGCAAGCGAAGCCAGCGACUCUGAGUCUGAGCAGGAGAGGGACUGGCUUGAUAAAGCCAUGGAAGACGACAGAGGCAAAAACAACUAUGGAAGGAGAAUGAGCCCCUGAAAGCAACAACUGGGGUGACGUGUGCAUCAAUUAGAGGAGAUUUAUUUUCAGAAAAUCAUUUGAAAUCAUUUCUGUCAGCACUACAAUAACAAAUUCUCACUCCUCAUCAGGUUUGUCACCUUUCCUAAGACAGUCCAGGUGAGAAUGACUCAUUUCCCACCCUGACAGGUUUAAUUACAGUCCAGCUAUUGACUUUAAACACUGGAGUAAAUUUGACACCCUUGUCUAUCCUGGAAGCCUCAUCUCAAACGAUAGAUAGGUGGACUCAUCUGAGCCUCUUUAUCCUUUUUCUCCUCAUGUAUAUUUGCGUAAGCAGCUACUGUAUUAUACUGCAAACAAGGUGGCAUGAUUUUGGGUGGGUAUUCUAGUAAGCCAGUAAUUUCAUGCAGCUAAGUCAUCGUGACAGUAGAGAUACUGAAGCCUCUUAGAGGCAGUGCAAACACAAGACAUGUGCAGAAGGUCAGGCCAAACUGGACUGACAUGCUGCUACACCACGCCCAAAACCCGCUGUUUAUUUUCUGUAAAAACUCACCACCAACUUCUGUCAGCUGUCAGUCUGUGUGGACUCUAAAAUGUGAACUGAAAGACUGAUUAAAAAAGUUGAAAACUA